AUGUUGGUGGAGCUGCUCUUCCAGGCUGCCUGUGUGUCCCUGCUCCUCUCCAGUGGCCAGGCCAGGGGGUAUCCCGGGAGGAAGAAGCCGGGAAGCUUUGCCGUGGAGAGCUCCUGCGUCGCUCCCAACCUCUGCCUGUGCCCGGAUGGGGAGCAGGGAAUCACCUGCCCAGAUCCGCCGGGAACGUGCGGGGAGUACGGCUGUGACCUGUCCUGUAACCACGGCGGCUGCCAGGAGGUUGCCCGCGUGUGUCCCGUCGGCUUCUCCAUGGCGGAGACUCCCAACGGCGUCCGCUGCACCGACAUCGACGAGUGCCGGAGCGGGGCCUGCGAGGGGCCGUGCGUGAACACAGAGGGCGGAUUCGUGUGCCAGUGCGGCUCCGGCCGGGAGCUCUCCACGGAUCGGCGCAGCUGCCGCGGCCGCAUGGCCGCUUGCGGACAGUGUCGGAGCUACCGCUGCUCCUGCCGGCCUGGAUACCAACUCCACGGGAACCGGCAUUCCUGCCUGGAUGUGGAUGAAUGUCGGCGGCCGGGAACGCGCCGCUCCUGCCAGCACAGCUGCCACAACAUUCCCGGGAGCUUCCGCUGCUCCUGCCGCCCUGGAUACCGACUCAGCACAGACAGGGUGUCCUGCGAAGGGUAUCCCAAAGCCAUCCUGGCCCCGUCACCCAUCCUGCAAUCCCUGCAGCACCCGCCCACCCUUGUCCUGCUCCCUCCCGGCUCCCACCUGCUCCCGAGGGGCUCCCCCUCUCCCCACAUCCCUGUGGCAGCUCCUGGGACCCAAUUCCCACCCUUUUCUCCAUCCCUGUCUCCCGGUACCUCCAUCCCACCGUCCCCUCGCUGUCGGCACCGCGGGGUUUCCCGGGAGCCCGGCGCUCGCUGGACAGAGCCAGGAUGCCGGAGCUGCACCUGCCAGGAGGGACGAGUCCUGUGUGACGCCGUGAGCUGCUCCAUUCCCUGCUCCCACCCGCUUCCCGCUCCGGCUGGGGGGUGCUGCCCCACCUGCACAGGGUGCCUCCAUGAGGGGGUGGCCAGAGCAGAGGGCGAUGUCUUCUCCCCGUCUGAUGGGAAUUGCUCCGUCUGCAUCUGCUUGGCCGGGAACGUCUCCUGCCUUUUCCCGGAAUGCCCCGCAGGCUCCUGCCCCAGCCCCUGCCAUCCAGCCAAGUGCAGUUUCCAGGGCCGCACGUACGCUCACGGGGCCCGGUUCAGCCCGGACGGGGACGGAUGCACCACCUGUGUCUGCCAGGGCGGGGAGGUGGAAUGUUCCUUCGCUCCCUGUCCCAUCCUGGACUGGAUGAGGAGGGAAGUGCUGGAGUUGGAGUUUGGGGACAAGGAGGACGUGUCCUGCCGGGAUCCCCAGGGAUGA